AAUAAAUGGCUACAUUUAUUUUCCGUAGUUGGUUUCGAUCAGGCAUGAAAUGAAGCCUCUAAUUUCAUUUUUAGAUUGGCAUUGCGAGACCCCGCCCCCAUCUCCUUGACUGACUGCUGGAACAGAGCAGUGGGCGGGUGCUUCACCGCAAACGGGGGCGUUUAUGUGCGGCUGCUGCCGUUCGUCUUCUUGCGGUGAAUGUGUGAUCGAGGUCCGGUAAUUGUCCCCUCUCGGGGRCAGAGUUCUCUGCACCAAGGAGAAGCCGGAAUAGGGUGAUGUCUGAUUGGCCACUGGGGGGUGGCUGUCCUCUCGGUCACCAGCUCACCCUCUGAGGCUUAUGGGAUAGGACGCCCCCCUCCCCACCCGCCCGUAACCUCCCGACCUGUAACCCCAGUGACGACUGUGCCAAAUACUGUACCUGGCGAUUGGAGCCCCGGUKCUGACAUGGGCAGCCCCGGCUGGGAGGUGGGUCCGGCAGGGCCGGUGGAGCCCGUGCUGAAGGCCUUGUGUCCAGAGUGUGGUCAGAUCCACCGGGCCUGGGAGAACCACCUCUAUAACUCCCUGGAGGUGGACGAUGACCUGUGUGUCAACAUCUGCCUGCAGCCCCUGGUCCCAGCCCCUGACACCUGCGGACACACCUUCUGUGCCGCGUGCCUCCGCAGCUUCCUCCAGGAGCGGGACUUCUGCCCGCUGGACCGGGAGCGCCUCCAUCUGCAGGUGUGUAGCGGAGCAGCAUCCUGGUACACAAAGCUGCUUGACAGAGGAUGUCUGUGUCCCUUCCCCUGGUCCCCGGCCUGCAGCCUCACAUGCCCCCGCUGUGACCUGGAGGCUCACCUCAAACCCAGGUGUCCGGGGACGCGGUCUCAGCAGACCAAUUUACAGGGCGCACCAUGUGAUCACGGGGAGGAGGGAGCCAUGGUGACCAGCCCACCCAGGUCCCCCCACUCCCUCCAGACGGAGACAGACCUGCGGGAGGAGAGCUCCCCCUCGUCCCCUGGUGGCACCGCAGGCAGCAGUGUUCCCAUGUGGACUGAUGAGCCUGGACUGGACAACCCUGCCUUUGAGGAGAGCACUGAGGAGGACAGGGUGGUAGGGUUGGAGUGUGUGGUACCAGGUAAAGCGACCCUCAGUACCCCUGCCAUCCACCUCCUCCGUACCGCCAGCUCCGCCUCCACAGGGUGGGACUGCCCCGAGUCCCCGCCCCUCUCCGCAGAAGAAGGUUGUGUGAAGCUGCCGUCCAUUCCAGAGGGUGAGAUCACCACCAUCGAGGUCCACCGCUCCAACCCCUAUGUAGAACUUGGCAUCAGCAUCGUCGGGGGCAACGAGACACCCCUUAUCAACGUGGUGAUCCAGGAAGUMUACCGUGACGGGGUCAUUGCUCGAGAUGGCAGGCUUCUGGCCGGGGACCAGAUACUACAGGUCAACAGUGUAGACAUCAGCAACGUGCCCCAUAACUUUGCCCGCUCCACGUUUGCACGCCCCUGUGCCAUGCUACAGCUCACUGUCCUGAGAGAGCGCCGCUGUGCCUCUCGCCCGCCCCCUUUCACCACCCGUUCUGUGCCUCACGCCCCCUGCUCCACCCCAGAGAGCACCCCAUCCAGCCCUGCCAGCCUGAGGAUCACCCUGCACAAGCGGGACUCUUCAGAGCAGCUGGGCAUCAAGCUGGUGCGGAGGACGGACGAGGUGGGGGUGUUUGUGUUAGACCUGCUGGACGGCGGCCUAGCGGCCAAGGACGGGAGGCUGUGUAGUAACGACCGCGUGCUGGCGGUCAAUGAACAGGACCUACGCCACGGCACGCCUGAACAGGCUGCUCAGAUCAUACAGGCCAGCGGCGAGAGAGUUUUUCUACUGAUUGGCCGGCCCAGUAAGCCUACCCCUCCACCAAGCUCCACUUCCAACAGAGACCUGUACUGCCAUGACCACUUCCUCCCCAAUCACCACCACCACCACCACUACAGCUUUUCCCCCAGCCCCAGCCCAGUGCCUACCUGUGCCCACCUGGCUCGCUCCAGCACCCACAGAGACCUGUCCCAGUGUGUGACUUGUAAGGAGAAACACAUCACUGUUAAGAAGGAGCCUCAUGAGUCUCUGUGGUAUGACCGUGGCCGGGGGCGGGGCAGCAAGAGCGGCGAGCUGCCCAUCUUUGUGACCAGCGUCCAACCACACGGCUGCCUGUCACGUGAUGGACGAAUCAAACGGGGUGACAUCCUCCUGAGUAUCAAUGGUCAGGACCUGACCUACCUGAGCCACAGUGAGGCGGUGGGCACCCUGAAGGCCAGCGCAGCAUCGCCCUCCGUCCAGCUGAGGGCGCUGGAGGUCAGCAUGGUGGAGGAGCCGGGCCAGGUUCAGAGCCCCGAGGACCAGCUGUUUCCCCCACACCACCACACACACAACUCAGACUACGACUCCUCCUGGUCCCCUUCUUGGGUCUUGUGGCUCGGCCUGCCCAGCUACCUUCACAGUAGCCAUGAGAUUGUUCUGCGUAGAAGUCACCCUGGGAGCUGGGGCUUCAGCAUUGUCGGGGGAUACGAGGAAAACCAUAGCAACCAGGCAUUCUUCAUCAAGACCAUUGUCCUUGGAACGCCUGCAUACUACGAUGGCCACCUCAAGUGUGGGGACAUGAUAGUGGCGGUUAAUGGACUGUCUACGGCUGGAAUGAGCCACUCAGCCCUGGUACCCAUGCUGAAGGAGCAGCGUAGCAGAGUGGCUCUCACCGUGGUCUCCUGGCCUGGCAGCCUGGCAUAGCAUCAUGCCAUACUGAAAUUACUGUAGACUGGAUCUAACCAGGGCCAAAUCAGGACUGCAUCGAAACCAGGCUAUGGCGCCAAAUCAUACCAUACUGAAAUUGUUUUAGAUUGGACAUACUGUAACCUGGGCCAAAUUACAGACUUCAUCAAACCAGGCUAGAGGAAACCUGGCCCUACUGAGCAAAAUCACUUGAUACCAGGCCGGACUGUGUCAGCCCCACAAACAGACUGUGUUCAUAUGGUCAUGUUAUCGGGACUAUCUGUUAAAGGACAGUACAUAGUCUCUGGACUGCAGUAGAAGAAACCAAGGGUGUGUUCAGGUGGCUGCAACAUUAGAUAGAAAUUCAUUGCAUAGAACAGAAGAUUCUCUGCCAUGUAGAAUGAUUUAGAUCAGCUCUAGGCCAUGUAUUUCUGUCUGAAACGUUGCUAAGGUUAUCAGGAGAAAAAUGGGAUAAACUUUUCACCUACUCGCUCCAACUGAAUAAACCCAAGGCCUUACUCUGGGGGCCCAAGCGCCCUGGACACAGCGUUAGGCCUCAUCACCAUGAUGACCCAGCCAUCAGCUCCCUAGGGUUUACUUGUGGAUUCUGCCAUUUGAUAAAUAUUUUCCACAGAGGGCAUUUGGAGUCAGUUCUUACCCACAUCGUCAUACUGAAGGAGGAAAACACUGCUAGUGGAAUCAUUUCAGCACCUGGAUGUGUUCAGGAGAGGUAAUAGAUUCCAAAUCCUCUGAUGACUGGGUUCUCUGUAAAUUAUUUCUAUGAAGUUGCUGUUAAAUUGCUCUGCCGUUAUUUGUUGGGUUAUCCCUGUGCUGUGAGGUGUUUUAUGGUCUUAUCUUCACACCACUGGCUCUGGCAAACAGGCUACGCUAGGCAGUCUGGAGCCGGUAGUGGUACUCKAGCCUACUCUUCCGUUCGGCAGGGUUAAUACCGGCCUGGCACCCAAACAAAAUCUUUACCCAUCU